ACUCCAUAGCUCGAGAGACACGAGCUCCGAGAGAGGGCAGCCAUGGCGGACCUAGGAGGCAUGCUCGCCUCUGCCAUCCUCAAAGUUGUGUACCAAAAGAUCAGUUUGGCCAUCGAAGAGCAGAUCAAGCUGCAGGCGGAUUUCAUCGACGAUCUGGAGGGGAUGAAGAUGACACUCGAGUCUGUGGCGGCCUUGCUCAACGAUGCGGAAAGGCGGUCGAUUGAGGAUGAAACAGUGUGGGUGUGGCUGAAACGCCUCAAGGAUGCAAUGUAUGGCAUCGACGACAUGAUCGACGAGUUUGAAGCCGCCACAAAACCAGCUACAUCAAAGUUGAUAGCUAUGAUCCCCUGUCUCACGGUUGUCCCUAAGAUUAAAAUGGCUAAUAAGAUGAAGACAAUGAGAAGAAAAUUGGAGGAGAUCACAAGACAACACAAGGAUUUCAGUUUCACGCCUAGCAGUACCACCAAUGAUGAACAAGUUACUGAUACGAGGGAAACAUCAUCCGCUGUUGAAGAAGCAUUAGUUGUAGGCAGGACGGGAGAGAAACAGAAAAUUUUGGCCUCCUUGUCGUCUGAGAACCUGACGCGAGAGAUCACGAUCCUUCCUAUAUAUGGCUUUGGAGGCAUCGGCAAGACAACCUUGGCAAAAUUGGUAUUUGGUGACGCCCAGUUCAAUGAUUACUCUCGAGUAUGGGUAUAUGUGUCCCAGGUCUUUCACUUGAAAAAGAUUGGCAACUCUAUAAUUUCACAAGUAUCUAAUGGUGACAGCUACAUAAUUCAAAAUCAGAUGAUAAAUAAGCGUCUUCAAGAACUACUAGCUGGUAAGAAGAUUCUGGUUGUAUUAGAUGACAUGUGGAGGGAUAGGGACAAUGAACGCCAACUGGAUGAUUUGAGGGCUAUGCUAAGGGUUGGAGAGGGCAGCAAAGUGGUUGUCGUAGUAACCACACGUGACGAAGCCAUCGCAAAGGAACUUUGUACCAUUGAACCACACAAACUAGCUCCACUAACAGAUGACAUGUGCUGGACUAUAAUAAAGCAAAAGAGUGCCUUUGAAUCUAAAGAUUGCAAAGAACAGUUAGAGCACAUAGGAAGGUGCAUUGCAAUGAGAUGUGGGGGUGUGGCUUUGGCCGCUCAAUCACUUGGAUACAUGUUGCGAUCCAUGACUUUUGAUGAAUGGAAGUCAGUGAGAGACAGUGAUAUCUGGAAUGUUUCUGCUACCAGAGAUGCACGUUCUCCACAACAUAAGGUGCUUGCAUCCUUGAGGUUAAGUUACAACAGUAUGCCACCAUACUUGAAGCUAUGCUUUGGCUACUGUGCAACCUUUCCAAAAGGUUACAACAUAGCUAAAGGUGGUCUAAUUCACCAAUGGAUCUCUCUGGGUUUCAUUGAGCCACCAAGCAUAUUAUCCACUUGGCAACUGAGUGAAAAUUAUGUUCGGCAGCUUUUGGGGUUGUCCUUCCUCCAAGUUUUAAAGUCACCUUCGAUUGCUCGAUUGCAUCAUGAAGAUGGCAUUAUGCUCACCAUGCACGACCUGGUGCAUGAUUUGGCAAGAUCAGUCAUGGUUCAUGAAGUUUUGGAUGCAACCAACAAUCAGUGUACUGGGGGAAGCUACUGUCGCUAUGCAUUGCUUAAUGAUUGUAGCAAGCCGUUGGAGUUGUACACAUGUUCUCCAGCAAAAAUAAGGGCUAUGCGCUUUCUGGAUUGUCCCACAAUUGAACCAUGCGGUGAUGCAUUUUCAUCUGCUAAAUCCUUGCGAGUCUUGGAUUUAAGCGGGUGCUCCAUAUUGAGGUUGCAAGAUUCUAUUAGUAAACUGAACCAAUUGAGGUAUCUGAGUGCUCCACGGAUCCCUAGUCAAAUUAUUCCCAAUUGUAUCGCCAAGCUCUCCAAAUUAAUAUACCUAAACCUAAGCGGGUCUAUGAUAUCAGCACUGCCAGAGUCAAUUGGUGAAAUCAAAGGUCUGAUGCACCUUGAUAUCUCAGAUUGUGUGCUUAUAAAAAAUCUACCAGAGUCAUUUGUGAACCUCAAAAAGUUGGUACAUCUGGAUAUGUUAAACUGCUGUCAGCUUAGAGGUGUAUCGAAAGCUUUGGUCGGCCUUACCAAUAUCCAUUAUUUGAAUUUGGAGCCGACGAACUUAUCGCUUCGACCAGAAUUUGAAAACAUUUUACCUCUCGAGGGGAUCACAGAAGUCAUCUAUGAUCUUGUUGAACUCCGAUGUUUAGGUCUAUCAUGGACAAUGCAUUCUAUCUUUGGCCAUAAUGGCUUACAUGAAACAUUCAGUUUCAUUGACCGCAUUUGUACCCUUUCCAAUCUAGAACAUCUGGACUUAUCCUGUAAUUGCAGUAUUGUCUGUGUGCCUGAAAGUAUUGGCAGACUCAGCAAGCUGCAUACACUGAACCUCUUGAACUGCACAAGGCUAACAAGGCUUCCAAAAUGUAUUAUAAAAAUGGAUAGCCUGAAGAUUCUGAAUGUGACUGGCUGCUCUGAAUUGGACAAGUCUACACUCUCUCGAUCCAAGAUGUUUGCCUUGUUGCCACACUUUGUAGUCCAUACUGAUGAUGGUGAAUCUAGCAGCAAUAUUGGUCUGCUCCGUCAUGCAAAUCCUAAUGAGCUGCACAUAAGUAGCCUUGAUAAUGUGAAGUCUACAGAAGAAGUCCAGAGUAUAAAGCUAACGGGAAAACAUGGGAUUUACGACUUGAAGCUUGAGUGGACUAGAGAUGCCAAGAGGUCUGUGGAGGAUGUGGAAGUGCUUGGAGAGCUUGUACCACCCAACACCUUAAGGACAUUUUAUAUGAAAGGUUAUAAUAGUGUGACAUUUCCAUCCUGGUUUGGGUAAUUGGGUAUUAAUCUUCAUCUCCCUCAUCUUAUCCAGAUUGAAAUGUGGGAUUUAUGUAAAUGCAGCAUCCUACCACCACUUGGCCAGUUACCAAAUCUGCAAGAUCUAGUUUUGGGAGGAAUGGACAACAUUACGAUAAUUGAAGAAGAUUUCUGUGGUGGCGUGAGAGCCUUUCCACGACUGAAGAAAUUUUGUCUAUGCAGCAUGGAAAACCUGGAAGUGUGGAGAACAACAUAUUCCCAUGGCAAGGGUGGUGUGUUCAUGUUCCCCAACCUUGUGGAACUCUUAAUAUGUGAUUGCCCAAAGCUGAGACUGAAACCGUGCCCACCUAGAGCUAAGAAAUGGGAGAUAGAGAACAGCGAUAAUGUGUUAUCAGCAUGGGGAGAAACAUGCGCUUCCUCCUCUGUUUCACUAACAGAUGUGUUUGUGACCGUGAAAUCAAGCAAGGUGCCUUUGGACCAGUGGAUGUUGCUUCACCACCUUCCUACCAUCACUGAGUUAAGCAUUAUUUGUUGCACUGACCUGGCAUGCAGCUCCCCAGAGAUCAUACAAGACCUCUCCUUUAUCCGAUCCCUGUGGCUAAAAGACAAUGCUCAGCCAGAAGUUCCAAAAUGGUUGGGUGACCUCACCUCUCUGCAAGAGUUGCUGAUCACAGAGUGGACAGAGCUGAGUGACUUGCAAGAGAGAAUGCGGCACCUCACCUCUCUCGAGGAGCUGUCUUUGUAUCAGUGUCCAAGCAUUACAGAGCUUCCAGAAUGGCUGGGCGAUCUUGCCGCUCUCAAAGAAAUUGUGAUCUCAGACUGCAGGGGCAUCAAGUAUUUGCCAAAGAGCGUAUUCAAGGUCAGUAAUCUGAAAGAAAUAAGUAUUUACGACUGCCCUGAAUUGGCUGAUUGGUGUGAAUUAGAGGAAAACAAGAAGAAGCUCGCUCACAUUUGCUGGAAAGCUAAGCUUUUGGGUUGA